UCUUGUUCAGGUGAAAUCCUUCGCAGUUCCGCGUACAUCAGGUUCCAUCGUAUUCCGGAGAUCGUAAACGCAAAUCCCAGUUCUACUUCGCUAGCAAGUGUGCAAAGACGCGGCUAUUCUUACGACGAUGGCCGGUACCAAUUUCGACGUGGACAAGUACAAGACCUUCUACGAAUGCGACGAACACUGGGAACUGCGUCGUAUGUUCAUGGAACGGCACAAGGAUCGCUUCGAGGAGGAUGAACUGGUUUGCCUGGCGCAGGUGUUCACCAACGUCGAGUUUCUCGGCUGUCGCUACCCGGCGGAAACGAUGACCCUGAUUGCGGAACUGUCGAAGGACGUCGCGUCCGAGUACCGGCAGUCGAGGGAAAACAAACUGAAGCGGACGUUCGUGGCGGCGUCCGAUGCUGCUGCUGCGAGAUAUGCCAAGAAGUAGUGGGACCGUUUGAAGAUAGGUAUUUUAGGGUUUUACGAAGAUUAGGAUAAGUCUAAACAUUUUCUUUAAAUACUGCACAUUUAUUUUUCAAUCAUUUUAUUGUAAUGAUUUUAGGAUAAUUUAGUGGCGUAUUUCAUGUAUA